AUGGGGUCCCCUCUCGAGCAGGUCAAAGACUUCCUCGAGUUCACCCUCACCCCGUCCCCCAUCGUCUUCAUAGUCGGCAUCGCCUUCGUCCUCCUCUUCCCCUUCCUCCUCCACUGGGCCAUCGCCCGGGGCUCGGGCUACGCCACCCUCCCCUCGGUGCUGCUCCUGGGCCCCUCGGGCGCCGGCAAGACCAGCCUCGUCACCCUGCUCGAGCGGAGGGGUCCCCGGCCCUCGCAGACGCACACAACCCAGGUCGUCCACUCGGUCGAGCUCGCCGUCGCCGACGACCCCUCCAAGCCGCCCAACUACCGCGACGACCUCGACCAGUCCGAGAGCACGGCCAGCAAGUUCCUGCUCGUCGACACCCCGGGCCACGGCAAGCUGCGCGGCGCCGCCCUCGACCGCCUGCACCGCCUGGCCGGCGUGGCCACCGCCGGCGACAAGAACAAGAAGAGCAAGUCCAAGGAGGCCUCCAAGCUCAAGGCCGUCGUCUUUCUCGCCGACGCCGCCGCGCUGGCCGAUCAGGACGAGCUCUCCGCCACGGCGGCCUACCUCUACGACGUGCUGCUCGUGUUGCAGAAGCGCAUCGGCACCGGCACCGGCUCGCGCCACCCGGCCUCGGUGCCCGUGCUCGUCGCCGCCAACAAGGCCGACCUGUUCACGGCGCUGCCUCCCGCCCUGGUCAAGAGCCACCUCGAGGCCGAGCUGAGCAGGAUACGCAGGACACGCAGCAAGGCGCUGCUCGACUCCGGGGUGGGCACCGAGGACGUCGACGCAGCCGGCGCGGGGGAGCAGGACGACUGGCUGGGCGAGUUCGGCACCGACAAGUUCACCUUUGACCAGCUGAAGGAGGUUGUUGAGGUCGAGGUCAUCGGCGGCAACAUCGUGGGCGAGGGCCCUGGUGUGGACAAGUGGUGGGCCUGGAUCGCGGACAAGUUAUAG